ACAUUGCCACAGUGGCAACGCCGCGCGUUUUCGUUUUUUUUCGCACACGAUAAAAGUUGGAAAUUAUUGUAAUUUUUGUGGAUUUGCAAAAAGAAUAGAGCCCCAGGACAUAUGCAAAGGCUAGACAGCGGCCAAAGGUGUUGUUGCUGCUGCUGCCCUGCCGCCGUGCGAUCGAUUGGGUGUUGCAUGCCUAUGUGUGAGUUGUGGCGUGCUCUGGCGUGCCCCAAGUAAAUAAUGUGGAACAUGAUGUGCGACGUAAUGCCCACGAUUUCGGAGGACAGCAUAUCGCAGCGCUCCUCGCAGUUCAGCGGCGAGGAUGCCAACUUCGAGCAGCUGAUGGUCUCCAUGCUCGAUGAGCGGGACAAGCUAAUGGACAGCCUGCGCGAGGCGCAGGAGCGGCUCGGCGAAACGGAAGUGAAGCUACACGAUGUGGAAAAGGAGCGUGACAGUCUCCAGCGUCAGAUCAAUGCAAAUCUGCCGCAGGAGUUUGCGACGCUCACAAAGGAGUUGACACAGGCACGCGAAACGUUGCUUGAGCGUGACGAGGAGAUUGGCGAACUCAAGGCGGAACGCAAUAAUACCAGGCUGCUACUCGAGCAUCUGGAGUGCCUGGUGUCGCGGCAUGAACGCUCAUUGAGAAUGACAGUGGUGAAACGGCAGGCUGCCGCCCAGAGCGGCGUCUCCAGUGAGGUGGAAGUGCUCAAAGCCCUGAAAUCCCUUUUCGAGCACCAUAAGGCGCUGGACGAGAAGGUGCGCGAGCGAUUGCGUCUCUCCAUCGAGAAGAACAAUGUGCUGGAGGAGGAGCUGAAUACAACCAAAGAGGAGCUGACGCAAUACAAGGCGGGUGGCACGGUCGGCGGAUCAGGGAGUGGCCCCGUUCCCAGCGGCGGCACUGAGAAUGGCCUGAAAGAGAAGAUGGCGGGCGGCGUGGGCGGAGCUGGCGGCGUCAAUGGGGAGGCUAAUGAGCUCAACGAAUAUGCGGCCAAAACCCACGAACUGCAGACGAUCAUCGAGAAGCAGACCUCGGAGCUCUCGCAAUGGCAGCGACGUGUCUCUGAUUUGAACAACAAAAUAAGCGAGCUGGAGGAGAACAUGUCGCGUGUGCAAAAGGAUCACUGCAAGGCGCAGGAUCAAUGCUCGAAGCUGCAGCGUGAUUUGCGGGAGAAUGUGGCCCAAAAGGAGGAUCAGGAGGAGCGCAUUACCACGCUGGAGAAGCGCUAUGUGAAUGCCCAGCGCGAGUCCACAUCGCUGCAUGAUCUGAACGAGAAAUUGGAGCAGGAAUUGCGGCACAAGGAGGCGCAGCUAAAGCUGCACGAGGAAAAGAUCGGAGCCAUUGAGGAGAAGCUGGAGCUAUCCGAACAGAAGCUUGCCCAACAUGCCAAACUUCAGCCCGACAUGGAAGAGCAGCUGAAGGCCCGCAUGGAGGCAUUGACUAAGGUAGGAAAUAAGGCUCAAGAGAGACAUGGUUCGGCCGAGGAUCGUAUACGGGGACUGGAGACGAAUCUGGACGAGAAGACCACGGAGGUUGUAAGACUGAACCAGCGUCUCAAGAUGAAUGAGGAGCACAAUCUGCGUCUGUCCUCGACGGUGGAUAAGCUGCUUUCAGAGUCCAAUGAGCGGUUGCAGGUGCAUCUGAAGGAGCGCAUGCAUGCGCUGGACGAGAAGAACGCUUUGACGCAGGAGCUGGAGAAGGCACGCAAGGUGGCCGAGGAGCUGCACCACGAGAAGAGCGAAAUCAUGAAGGAGCUCUCCAAGACGCGCCUGGAGAUUGAGAACUUUAAGCGGCAGCUGCUGCAGCAGGAGAUUGCCUACAACAUCCAGCAGACGGAGGCCCUCACCAGGAGCCUCUCGCCCAGCAGCGUUGUCGAUGGUGGUCAGUUCUCGCGUAGCGCCUCGCAUGCCAGCUUCGAGACGCACUCGCUGCGGCGCCAGAAACAGUCGCGGCUAACGGAGGAGAACGCCCUGGCCCGCUCCAUGGCCGAGCAGGAGUGGGAGAAGCUGCAGCAGGCGGCGCAUGCCCAGCAACAGGCGUACGAUCUGGUGGCCAGUGCCGCAGACUGUGACGACAGCGAUGUGCUCUAUGCGGCAGCCACGGCGGACAUGAUGUCGCCAUCGGGACACACGGAUGCCCAGACGCUGGCCAUGAUGCUGCAAGAGCAGCUGGAUGCCAUCAACAAUGAGAUUCGACUGAUCCAGGAGGAGAAGCAGUCGACAGAGGCGCGAGCCGAGGAGCUGGAAUCGCGUGUCGGCAGCCUGGAGCAUGUGAAUCUGUUGGCCCGCGGACGUUCCAUGGACAGGCAGAGUCCUGAAAUGAGUGGGAGGAGCACUCCCAAUAGCCCUCAAAGGGAUUUCAUGCAGAAAUAUCACACGCUCAACUUGCCCGUGCUGUCCAGCGAUGCCUCACGGGAGGAACUUCAUGGGGGCCUGUCCACCACUGGAGAUUCGAGCUCUGGCGGUGCUGCAUCACCGCUGACAGCCCGUUCGAUGCGCUUGGAGCGUGUGGCACAGGCCCUGGCCCACAGUCAGGAGGAGCUGCGUCGUCGAUCGAUUGGAUUGAACCCGAAUGCGCCCGUUUCGCAGAACCACAACCACAUGGCCAUGAGCAGUCACGGCAGCUACGGCCUGUCGCCGCUGAGUUCGCGUUACGGCAGCCAGGAGUCGCUGCGCCACUACAACACCAUGGGCUCCAUGUCUAUGCUGCAGACACCCACCUCGGGCGUGUCCAGGGAGGCGGCCGCUGCGGCCGUGCAGAAGAAGAAGGGCAUCAAGUCCUCGCUGGGGCGUUUCUUUAGCAAAAAGGAGAAGGUCAAGGGCGUAAAGGAUACGCUGCCGGAUGGUUCGCCUAGCAUGAUGUCCAUCGGCAACCUAUCGAUCGGCCUGAGCGAAGUGGACUCCAACUACGAUGCCAUGAGCAUGACGGGUGGCAUGAUGCCGCGAAUAGCCAGUGCGCAGGGAUCGAAGAUCAGCAGCGUCGACUAUGGCAGGCAGAAAAAAGAGCAUGACUAUCGCAACGAUUUAUUGGGUGAGGCCAUGAAGGCGGGCACACCGUUUGCCCUUUGGAAUGGUCCCACAAUUGUGGCCUGGCUGGAGCUGUGGGUGGGCAUGCCCGCCUGGUAUGUGGCCGCCUGUCGUGCCAAUGUCAAAUCGGGUGCCAUUAUGAGUGCCCUCAGCGAUACGGAAAUACAGAGAGAGAUUGGCAUCAGCAAUCCACUGCACAGGCUCAAAUUGCGUUUGGCCAUACAGGAAAUGGUUUCAUUAACCUCUCCCUCGGCGCCACAAACCUCAAGAACCACAUUGGCAUUUGGCGACAUGAAUCACGAGUGGAUUGGAAACUAUUGGCUGCCUGGUUUGGGUCUGCCGCAAUAUCGCACAACAUUUAUGGAGUGUCUAGUCGAUGCCCGCAUGCUGGACCAUCUGACCAAGAAGGAUUUGCGUGGCCAGCUGAAAAUGGUGGACAGUUUUCAUCGCACAAGCCUGCAGUAUGGCAUCUCAAUGCUCAAACGCUUAAACUACGAUCGCACCGAGCUAGAGCACAGGCGAAAGAUGAGCGAGAAUGGACUGUGCGAUGUGCUCGUGUGGAGCAAUGAACGUGUUAUACGCUGGGUGGGCAGCAUAGGACUUAAAGAAUAUGCCAACAAUCUGCUCGAAUCGGGUGUGCAUGGGGCAUUGAUGGCCCUGGAUGAGGGCUUCGAUGCCACUGCCAUGGGCCUGGCCCUACAAAUACCCACACAAAAUGCUCAGGCUCGCCAAAUACUCGAUACGGAGUUUAAUAAUCUGCUGCAAAUUGCCACAGAUCGGAGGCCGGAAAACGAGCAGCGUAGCGCAUCCUGAUGCAGCUACAGUCCGCCCACAACAUCGGUGGAUGAGUAAACCAGUAAAGCAAAGCAAAGAAGCAAGGCACUACACAAAAAGACCACGGGGCAAAAAGACCUUUUUCCUAAGCCUAAGAACUAGAAAUGAAGCAGAAAUGAAAUGCAAAUGAAAUGUUAUCAUUAACUACAAGCCACAAAAAAUUCUAACAAGAAAGACGCAACGCAAGAGACUCCCCUACCCCCGCAGCAUGAUGCACGUCUAAUCCAUAUGAAUAUAUAUAUACCGUAUAUAUAUAUAUAUACAUAUAUAUAAAUACACGCAUAGUCAUACAUAUACGUAUAUCCAUAAAAACAACAACAACAAGACAAUGUAUACAAGACAUAGCACAUACUCUAUACAUAUAUAGGAAAUACUGUACGAGAGUAGAUCGAGUUGGGGUGCCGUGUACAAGUUUUAGAAGCUAAACAGUUUAUUCGGAUUGUACAAUUAUAAUUACUUAUAAUUUUUACCAAGUGACAUAUAUAAUUUAUACAUAUAUACGAUAUAGUGUAAUUGGGCUUGCAAUAGACUAACAGUAUUUUGUUUUAUAGAUAUUGAUUGAUUGUUCAGCGACAGACAGAUCGGACAGAGUGUGCUUCGAACCAAAUUCGUAACCAAACAUUGUUUGUUAUAUAAUUUUUAUUGCAUUUUUGUACAGUUUUUUAUUUAUAAUCAUCUAAAGAGCAGUUUUUUUUAUAUAUAUUCAUAAUUUUGUACGGCAUACGCUUUACAUCUGGACAUCUGGAUGGCGUUCCAAAUGAGUUUAUUAACUGAAUGAACAACAUGCACAACAAUCAGGCAUAUACAUAUAUAGUAAACAGCUGCAUAUACAUAUAUAUACAUGCAUACAUGUACAUCUAUAUAGUUAAACGAUUAGUUUAAUACACGUACACAAGUACACACAUAUAUAAAGCUCACUUCUAUAUAUACAUACAUACCUACAGUAAACAGUAAAUAUAUAGAGUAUAUAUUAUCAAGCAUACGAGUAACUAACAAAAGAAAGUAUUAAAGAGGGAGGAAUCGAAGUGAUGAUCGAUGGUGGUUCGGAUCGGAUCGAAUAAGUCGCAAGCGCCCAUUCAAAAAUCAACUAUUUACACACUUAUAUAUACAUUUAUAUAAACGAGAUGAAUCCAGUAAUCGAACAAGCUUUAAGGGCGAACUAAACCUAAACCUAAACCUUAAACUAAAACUACAACUAAAACAACAAAAACUUAACUCUUAGCCAGCCUGUGCUUCAACUUUCUCUUAACUCGAGCAUCAUAAAUUAUUUGGCAUUGCGGGGCAUUGAAAUCUUUAAAUAAUUCGCAUGAAUAUUCACAAAAAAACAAAAAAAACUAAAACUAAAACAAAAACAAAAAACCUAAAAGCAUAUCCAUUGUUUUUCAAAACACACACCCCACAAAAAACACCUUCCCUUUUUCUAUGUUGUUACGUUUAAGGAUCUUCUCUAUAUCCCCCCUCUAAUUAAGUUUCUUAUGUACUUAUUUGUGCAGAUCUACAUUAAAGCACACAAACUGCCUGCAUAACAAAAUAUCCAUACAUACCCCAUGCAUAAUUGUUGGAUGUUAUGUUCUGUGCAUUAAUUUUUAAGUUGUAACCAAAAUCGUAACUAACGCUUGUCCCUAAGUUGAGAUAAUAUCUAUGGUUAGCAGAGGUAAAAACCUUUGAAAUUUAGUUGUACGACAAGUUAAAAAUAUUCUACCUAUAACAAGUACUAACAAGAGACAUGAAGCAUACUUAAUGAAAUUAUUUCAAACGUAUUAGCAAAAUUAAUAACAACACAAGAAAAACAAAUCCAUGCGUAAAAGGGGUAACUUAUUUAUGUAUGUAUUUAUGUAAACGGUAGCAUUAACUAAGUAAAACCCAAGAUUAAAGCAAAUAUUUAUGAUGUGUAACCUAAAUUAACUAAAUACGAUUACUAAUGCAAAGUCUAAGUUAAUCCUUAAUCUAAGGAUCGAUCGAUCCAUCGAUUGGUUUGACUUUAAUUGUUGACUUUUGUUGAAAUAAUCCACGAUCAGAAGAUUCUCGACGGAAUGAUGGAUGGAACGUAACUAAACGUAAAAAAUAAUAAUGAUACAAAUUGGAUGAUUACGCAUACGCAGCAUAUGUAAAUACUACCUUAUAUAUUUGAAAGAAUAUUGUGAAAAGCAUGAAAAUGAAAUGGAAAUGGAAAAAAACAAUACUAACAAUUUAGUAAAGGAGAAAAUUCCGUUUAGGAGUUUUUUACAUGUACCAUAUAUAUUUGAAAAGAUGAAAAAAAACAAACAAAAAAGCAAAACAAAAACACACACAAAACAAAA